AAUCAAGCGCCAUAGUCACCGUAGUCCUGGCGACUGUUACCCAUCAACAACAACCGCUCCUCUCCUCCUCCUCCUCCUGCUGCUGCUCCUCACCCCCAUCCUCACCCCCUUCCUCAUCAUCACCCACAACAACAACACCAACAUCCACCAGCAAGAGCAACAACAACAGCAACACCACAGCCCUGCACAGCCCAGAGACCACGAUGCAGACAUCAGAGACUGUGUCGGACACAGGUUCAACAGUGACUUUACAGACAUCUGUGGCUGGCCAAGCAGCAGUGCCCACGCAGGUAGUACAGCAAGUACCAGUACAGCAGCAGGUACAGCAGGUGCAGACCGUGCAGCAGGUGCAGCAUGUCUACCCAGCACAGGUGCAGUAUGUGGAGGGAAGUGACACAGUCUACACAAAUGGAGCUAUCCGAACAACAACUUACCCUUACACAGAAACCCAGAUGUAUAGCCAAAACACCGGGGGGAAUUACUUUGAUACGCAAGGAGGUUCUGCACAAGUGACAACAGUGGUCUCAUCUCAUAGUAUGGUGGGCUCUGGAGGGAUUCAAAUGGGUGUCACAGGAGGACAACUCAUUAGCAGCUCUGGAGGGACCUAUCUGAUUGGCAAUUCAAUGGAAAAUUCUGCUCAUUCAGUGACGCAUACAAUGCGGGCCUCCCCAGCUACAAUUGAAAUGGCGAUUGAGACACUGCAAAAGUCUGAUGGUCUGUCCACUCACAGAAGCUCUCUUCUCAACAGUCAUCUCCAGUGGCUCUUAGACAACUAUGAAACAGCAGAAGGAGUCAGUCUCCCCAGAAGUACCCUUUACAAUCAUUACUUACGACACUGUCAGGAGCACAAGUUGGACCCAGUCAAUGCUGCCUCCUUUGGAAAACUCAUAAGGUCAAUUUUCAUGGGGCUACGGACCAGGAGACUAGGCACCAGGGGGAACUCCAAAUAUCAUUACUAUGGGAUUCGUGUCAAGCCAGAUUCUCCUCUUAAUCGGCUACAAGAGGACAUGCAAUAUAUGGCUAUGAGACAACAACCCAUGCAGCAGAAACAGAGGUACAAGCCUAUGCAGAAAGUGGAUGGAGUUGCAGAUGGUUUCACAGGAAGUGGUCAGCAGACAGGCACAUCUGUUGAGCAAACUGUAAUUGCCCAAAGUCAACAUCAUCAACAGUUUUUGGAUGCAUCUCGAGUACUACCAGAGUUUGGAGAAGUUGAAAUAUCUUCUUUGCCAGAUGGUACUACGUUUGAGGAUAUCAAAUCACUGCAGAGUCUUUAUAGAGAGCACUGUGAGGCAAUAUUGGAUGUUGUUGUGAAUCUUCAGUUUAGCCUGAUAGAAAAAUUGUGGCAAACUUUCUGGCGCUGUUCUCCCUCCACUCAAGCUGAUGGCACUGCUAUUAGUGAACCGAGCAAUCUGAGUGAAAUAGAAAGUCGACUUCCGAAAGCAAAGCUGAUUACUCUGUGCAAAAAUGAGACUAUUCUGAAAUGGAUGUGUAACUGUGACCAUGUGAUGUACCAGGCUUUGGUGGAGAUUCUCAUUCCUGACGUCCUUAGACCUAUUCCUAGUGCCUUGACCCAAGCCAUUCGCAAUUUUGCAAAAAGCCUUGAAGGUUGGCUUUCCAAUGCCAUGAACAAUAUUCCACAGAGAAUGAUACAAACCAAGGUUGCCGCUGUAAGUGCCUUUGCCCAGACUCUGCGAAGAUACACAUCUCUUAAUCACCUGGCUCAGGCAGCUCGUGCUGUGCUUCAGAACACUUCUCAAAUCAACCAGAUGCUCAAUGACCUGAACCGUGUUGAUUUUGCCAAUGUCCAGGAGCAGGCUUCCUGGGUAUGCCAGUGUGAUGACAACAUGGUUCAGAGACUAGAAACCGACUUCAAGAUGACUCUUCAGCAGCAGAGCACUCUGGAGCAGUGGGCUGCCUGGCUCGAUAAUGUAAUGAUGCAAGCAUUGAAACCAUAUGAAGGAAGACCCAGCUUUCCUAAAGCAGCACGGCAAUUUCUGCUAAAAUGGUCUUUCUACAGCUCAAUGGUUAUUCGAGACUUAACCUUGCGCAGUGCUGCUAGCUUUGGCUCUUUUCAUCUGAUCCGACUGCUUUAUGAUGAGUAUAUGUUUUACUUAGUAGAACAUCGUGUUGCUCAGGCAACAGGAGAAACACCUAUAGCAGUUAUGGGAGAGUUUGGCGACUUAAAUGCUGUUUCCCCUGGAAAUAUGGAUAAAGAUGAGGGCAGUGAAGUUGAAAGCGAAAUAGAUGAAGAGCUAGAGGAAUCUGGAGAGCCACAAGCCAAGAGAGAGAAAACAGAGCUAACCCAGGCAUUUCAGGUGGGCUGCAUGCAGCCAGUACUAGAGAGUGGAGUACAGCAGAACCUCCUGACCCCACUUCACAAUGAGCACAUUGUCACAAGUACUCAGACUAUCAGACAAUGCAGUGCUACUGGAAAUACAUAUACUGCAGUCUAACAAAAUAUUAAAGCUUUUUUCCCCCCAGAUUACAUUAGCCCUGUUGAUGAUGGGCUUAAUAUGAAAAAACGAGAAUAAGUCUGAAGGAGACUGUUGUCAAAUUUUAGCUUUGCUGAACAUUACCUUUGUUGGAAUUGUGAAAUGGAAUGGGUGUAUGUAUUUUGCCAGAUCUGUUUAAAAAAAAAUUUUUGUAAACAAAAUCACUUUACAUUGGUCACUCAAUAUUCAGAGUUUUCUUAGUUUCACGUCAAGAAGGAUUUUGCAAAGCUUACUAUUAAUGUUUUUGUCCUCUUAUAAGUAAAGUAAUUUAAUUUUUUCAUAGUUUUUUUAAAAAUAUGUUAAUGUUAAUUGUUAGUUAUGGUGAUGAUGAUUUAAUAUACAUAGCUUUUUAAUUAGAUGCACUUCUGUGAAAUAUCAAAAGAAAUAUUUUCUUUGAUUUACACUGGAGGCAUAUUCAUUUGACAGCAGAUGCAUCAAAUUUGUCAUAAAAAGGUGCUUUUCAUUGGACAGAACUAGAAGACACUACUAUUUUGAUCGCAUUUCUGAGCAUUCAGUGGGAAAGUUUUAGGAAUUUUUAUUAUAAUGCUGGAGGGUUGGGAAGAUCUAUUGUUUUCUUUAUCUAAGGAAGAGUUGUGUUUUCUGCAUUCAUGAAUGCAGACUAAAUGAGAAAAUGGUAAUGUGUACGUAAUAAAUGUACGUAAUUAUCAGACCAUCACAUAAACAAUGCAAACUUCCAUUGAAACCAUCGGUUUUACAUUUUAUUUGCAUACCAGUUCCUCUGUUUGAAGACUACUGAUUCUAUAUUUGAGACCACUGCACAGAUGCUUUCAGCUGUUAAGUGGGACUGUAGUAGUUAGAUACUGAAGUUGAAAAAGAAGUGACUUGAUUUUUUUAAGUGUAUGUGCUACUUAUGCUGAACUGGACAUACAGGAAACCAUUCCAUCUGGAUGACUUUCUUCUAUUCCAGGUCUUUUUCCUACUAGUAGUUGAAUCUGCUGCUCUUAUAAAAGAUAACUUAUAGAAUGCAAGGAAUGUAGCAACCUGCAUCAUAUUUACUUCAAAAAUAUUUCCUGGUUCUUAAAGUAAGUGGAUUUAAAUUUUUACAAAAAUUAAAUAAGGCAGUGUAACUGGCACACCUCAUUUGUACUUAUUCCCAAUUGUGUAGAAUUUGAAUAGGUGGCUAGAUGGACCAUUGCCAUUUAAGAAUGUACAUCAGGGAUCAUUGUACCUCGGCUAUUACAUGGUGCCUUAAACAGAACUGAAGCUAAGAUUUAGUACUUUUUGUUAUUAAUAACUCUUAAAUUCAUUCAACAAGGUGUGCCUGUCAUUUUCAAAUUCCCUAAGAAGUAAGGGCAGGUUACAUAUUCUUCAAAGAAAUAAAGAAAUUUUUUAUUACUAAAUGGUGUUAAUAUCCCUCUUAGAGUGACAAUAAACCUAUUUUUUCUUGUUUCUAGCUGAAUUUCACUUUAUUACAAAUAAGAUAUGUUUGGGGAUCUGGAAAGCAAAACUAGCUUUAAUGCCAACUUCAAAUGUUAACAAAGUCGGUUAACCCCAGCCCCAAGCAUGGUUAUAUAUUUUCUAAACCCUUGUCUACUUUUAAUUUUAGAAAGUAAACAAAAUGAGCAGGUACUUAAUGCAGAGCAUGUUUUCAAUUUGUAUGUGUGGUGGGGUGUCAGUCUGCAAUUAUGUUUAGUGGCUAAAUCAUAGAGAAUGUGUGUACAUCCCAUUUUAAUUGACAUGAAACAUCUCACAAGCAUGUGUGAUUAUUUUAUACAUUUAAUUAUUUUUAAAACAGGCACACAAAUCUACUCAUUUGUAAUAAUGGAAAUAAACAAGCGAGCAAAGAAACCAAAAAUGAAGGAAAGCACACACACAAACAUUUCAGUUUUAUUGAAAGGGGCUGUUGGGGAAAAAAAACUAAGGAGUUAUUUAGUCUGGUUUAUUUAGCGUGUCUGUGGACUGAUCUUUUUUACAUGUACCAAAUGGCUGAACAGCAUGUGAGAUGAACAGUAUAUUUAUAGCAUACAUCUUUCUUGCUAGAGUUUUCAUAUGCUCCAAGAACUGAUACAGAUCAAGUACAUUUUCUUAAUACAUUAGUAAACAUUUUUAAUAUAUAAAAUAAGUAUAAAUUGCUUAGUGUUGUAUUUUACAGAAUUUGGAGCCCAAUUUUACAUGCUCUACAGCUCGCACCAGUCAAUGGGUGUUUUCCCUGAGUAGAGUGCAAGAUAGGGUUUGUCAUUUACAGUAUUUGAAAUUUAUGCAAGCUCUAAGUUUCAUAGGUUUUGUUCACCCAGAUAUCAUUUCAGUGUCCUGGUUUGUUUUUUUCCAUACAAAAGAGUGUGUCUGCACCCCUCAUUAAAAAAAACAAAAAAAACCUAAGCUGUGAUAAAUAUUUAUUCCCCUUCAUUGUGCAUUAUGAACUGUUUACAGGUUAAAUUAAAGAUAAAAAUAACACAAUAUUUUCCAUUUUCAACGUAGUUUCUUUUAAUGUUCUAAUACCGAUGUUCUGAAUUGGACCAGCUAUAUUUACUGGUUUCAUCUUUGUGUUGGCAAAUCUUAAAUGUUUUCUUGUCAUUGUCCUGUAUUGUUUUACUGUUCGACUUGCUCAUGCUGAGAGAAAAGUGUGAUUGUAACAUGCAAAUUUGGAUUACUGUCAGAGGUGGAGCCUGUAAACCCUCCAUGAUUCAACUUCUCCCCCCAGUUGUUCACUGUUCCUACUGUGCAAAAAACAAGAGUACGUACAAAAAUGGAAUGUAUUUCACCGUUUGAACCAACAGUAAUUUUUAUGCCUUAGAUGAAAACCAGAACGUUAGCUGAAUCUGAGAAUCUAACAUGCCAGAAAUCCUAAUUAACUAGAGGUGAUCUGAAAAAGAGUGUUAUUUAUCAAAAUAAACUGGAAUCAUGGCAUGUUCAGUUAACUGAAUGAAAUAGAGUUUGUAUUCCCAUGUUUAUAAUUUGAUUACAGUGUCAAUUUUAAAUAACAUUUCUAUCACUUUCUUACAAGAUCUCUCCUUUAAUGAAGUAAAAUAAUGUGUAUAUUUACACGUUUGGGUGGUGUUUUGUGGGUUUCUGGUUUUGUUUUUUUACAUUUAAUGGAGUGGUAAUAAAUCAAACACUAUGUAUAUAAUCAAUCAAUUUGCACAUUUUUGCUAUUUGUUAAUAUAUGGGCACGGUUAAUGAUUUUUGGUAAAAACAGAUUUAAAAACCUGUCUCCAGUUCUGCAUUGUGUAGCAUGUGGCUAGACUAAAGUGCCAACCCUUAAGCCCACUAACUUCAUUGGUGCUUUGUGGGGGUGCAGCAGUUUGCCCACAAGCUACAAAUUGCAGGGUCAGUGCCUGUGUGAUUUGUGGAUUUUAUCUGAUCCAGACACUGAUUUCAGAAUAAUUAUUUUAAAAAUAUCCCUCUUCCCCCUUUAGCACAAAUAAUGCAGUGAGCAAUGUGGGGGGUAUUGUUGAACCACUUUCUCAAAACACAGGGCCCAAUUUUCACAAGUUUUUAUAUGUAUGCAAAGUUGUUGGUCCAUUUUUCAUUGUACACUAGACUUAAAAUUACUUUUUGUCUCUCCAACUUGCUAUUCUUUUUCUGCUUACUCUUGUACUGUAGCAUGUUUAAUGCAUCUUUGUUGAGAUCAUAUUCCUUACACAACAUCUGGAGAAUAGUUUUUAAAUUGUUUACCUACAAAAUAAGUGAUGUGCAACAUUACUGCCUUGAGUUUCACAAAUGGGUAAAAUCAAUAAAAUGGUGGUGUAUUGUCAUUCAGGAAUGUAUAGGUCUAUAUACAAAUUUGUUUAAUUUAAACAAGGUAUUUUUAAAUGUCUGAAACACUGCUAUGUUCAGAUUAUUUUCAUUUGAAGACCUUAUCUGAUAUCUUUGUGGUUCUUACCAGAUGUCAUCUGCACUGUUUAGGAAAACACAUAUAUUAGUUUAAAAUGGAUUGGAGUUGUUUCAUUUACAGAAGUGGUUUCACAGAACAAAAGAAUCAUUUAUAGCCAUAAAAAGAAAUCAAUAAACUUUGUAAUAGUAGAACUCAUUUUUUACAGUAAUUUUAGAAUUUGAAAUAUUAAUUUGGGAGAGCAGUACUAAUUCCUGAAAAUUGGGCCCUUGUCUCUGUGGAACAGGACAACCUCUGUAUACAUGGUUAAAAUAAGUCAAUGAAUGGAAUUAUAGUAUCUCUGAUACUUUGGUGAUUUAAAAAAACUGGAAUAGAAGCAUAAACAUAGUGCUUAUUUCUAGUAUUAGAAAAUUAAUUUGAUGUAAUGCAUUACAUUAACCCUUUGAGCAUUGUAAGUCAUAUGAUAAGGGGAAAAUCUUUUCAGGUAAUUUAAUUAUUAGGCUACUGAAGAUAUUGUAUACAUCUAAGUGUCUGGUUAUGUUGCAACAAAUGUUUUUCCCCCAAAGUAAAUACUUGCAUACUAUAUAGACUUUUGAAUUUGUUGGCUUGAUUGAUUUAGGCUAAAAUAUUCACUGCCAUCUAUGUAUACUGUCUGCAGCAAAAUAGUACUUCAGCUCCUUUCGUUUCAUAAUACCAUAAAUAUUUAAUGAAGGAGUCAAAUAUAUGGUCCUAUAGAUACAAGUUGUGAAGUACUUAAAAUGCCUUUAAAAGGUGGGAGUUUAGCAAAAAGGGUUAUUUUUAGACUAUUUUGAAAAUCUCAUUAGGGUAGCAUUGAAAAGCACCAGUACUGUAGAUGAAAAUCUUUAGGAAUAAAAACAGAACAAAACUGUCAUAAUAAGUAAAGAUGAAUUUUGCAGGACAUUUGACAUGUUUGCAGUUAAAUUUUCUGCACAAUAUUUUGUAUACGCAAUUGCAAAAAGAACAUAAUUUUAUUUAUACCACUUCAACAUUUUGUCACUGUGAAAUGGCAUAUGGAUAACAAAGAAAAUAGAGGCACUUGGUACAAGUUCAUCUGUGAAAGCACUUUUGGAUGGCCCUUACUGAGUGUCAGAAUU